AGCGCCCGCCGCGGGAGUUCGGCAGCUCCGGUCGCCAAGGCAACGCGCUCCGCUGCGCGCUGCGGGCGCCAAGCAGCCCGGCGGAGGCGCAGCGGGCCGGCGGCCCGGGCUCGGCGAGGCGGCGGGUCGGCAGGAACUUCUGUUGGACAGCCCCGCUCCACAGCACCAGCACACUGCAGCUCUCGCCUGUGUGGGUUUCAGGAGUUUGAGUAUAGUGAUUAAAGUCACCAAGUUGGAACCAGACUGCCUGCAUUUGAAUUCUCACUCUGCCAUUUACUAGUUGUGUGACUUCAGAAUUUCCACACUGAUUAGUCAACAGUGGAAAAUCUGAAGAGAUGCAAGUAGGAAAAAGAAACUAAACCAGGCCUGAGGAGCGAUGUACCAGGCGUGAUGGAGGUUGAGUCCUCCUACUCGGACUUCAUUUCCUGUGAGAGGACGGGCCGUCGGAACGCGGUCCCGGACAUCCAGGGGGGCUCUGAGGCUGUGAGCGUGAGGACGCUGGCUGGAGACAUGGGCGAGCUGACACUCGAGGGCACAGAAGGACAGACAGAGGUGGGCACCCCAGACAAGGAAGCUAGCAGCCAGCCUGAGAGCAGCGAUGGGACCACCUCGUCUUGAGUCUGACCUUGCCCAUGGAGGAUGGAAAAGAGACCUGCUGUCCUCGCCUGGACAGGGAGCCCUGGCACUGGCCUUGCAGCCUCUUCUCUGAGCCCCUGUCCCAGACAAGCCAGGCCCGAGUGAAAAGGCACCCCUCAGAGGCCACCAUGGCCCGUACCCUGGAAAAGCCCUCCACCUGCACCCUCAGGCUCCACUUGCCCACCACCUCUUCACUGUGCCCAGGUACACUUCCAAGACCCUGUAGCUGUGGGGCAUUAUUCAUUCAGCGGGCACCUGAGUGAGCAGCCCCUGCAAGAAUGCACCUCCACAGGUGGCCUGGGCAGCAACCACAGCCCAGCUCUGCCCCCCCCCCCCCUUCUCCAAGCCCAACCUUCUGGGUCAAGAUCUUCAUAUCCCUUUUUUAAAAAACACUUUUAAACUUUUUAAAAACUUUAAACUUUUUUUCCAGGAGAGAGGGAGGGAGCUGUGUUUUUGUUUUUUUGGGGUCUUUUUUGGAAGGCAUUAUAAGUUAAACUGACCAUCUAUGCAGCUCUGCGUCCCCUCAUGGAGCUCUACAGAUCCAUUUCUAGGGAAGGGGUUUUGUGCUCAAAACUGUCUGAUCAACUCUGCCCUUUCUACCAAGAUAAGUGACACCUAGGACCCAGGAAAUAAAUGCAGAUGAUUUGUGUGA